AUGUACAUCACCCUCUACUACAUAGUCACCCGGCUCCCUGACACCCUUCGCUCGGUCAGGGACCACUUCCUCUCUGUUUGCCCCACCACUCUCACCGUUGACCUCCUCGAGGAGCGCCUCCUAGCAGCAGAGAAGAGUAAAGUCCACUGUAGGAGCCUCUCGUGGGGCGCUGGAGGAGCUGGCGGGGGCGGUGGAGGCGGCGGUGGAGGCGGCGGAGGGGGUGGGGGUGGCGGUGGGAGUGGUGGCGGUGGUGGGGGCGCUAGUGGCGGCAGUGGAGGCGGAGGAGGCGGCGGUGGUGGCGGUGCGGCGGAGGUGGCGGAGGUGGAGGCGGUGGUGGAGGUAGCGGUGGCGGAGGUGGAGCUGGUUGGGGCGGCACUACGCAUAGGGUCGACUCCGGUGGUGGUCAACGCCAGCAGCACCAGCAGCAGCGCACUCGUGAGACCCCUUCCCCCCAGCACCUUCAUGAGUGGUACACUGCUCGUCAGCGGGGUGGGGGUGCUGGCCCCUGUACCUACGUUCUACGUACCGUCGACCGCGCGGGUGAGCAGUGUGGGGGUCCGCACUCCACCCAGCGCUGCUUCGGCCGCCUCACGGACGCUUGGCGCCAUCAGCUUCCCUGACGCUACUCAGAUCCCUCGCUGGGGCGAGUUGUUUAGGGUGGGUGUUCCGAUCUUUGAUCUUGACUAUGAUGCUAUUCUUGCUGCCAUAUAUGCUGUGACUAUUAGUGAUGAGGGUGACUGUUACCGUUGUUUUCCGCCUGACCUGGGCAUUGAGGCUGCUGCUCUAGGUGCUGGUGAGGCUGCUGCUCUAGGUGCCAGUGAGCCUGCUGCCCCUACUGCUCGUGAGUCUGCGCUCUCAGACCGCACCACGCUUAUGUCGCUUAGUCGGCCAGUGGCAGUCUCCCUGGCAGACCCCUCUGGGGGUCCUAUCCUUGCCCACUUCUCCAUUGUUCUACCGUGUUCGGCGGCCCCUUCUGGCACCGUGUCAGGUCUUUACCUCCCCUCGUUCUCUACGAACUUGGUGAGUGGUUCUGACCUCCAGGAUGGAGGGGUUCAUCAGUUUACUCCUGCGAGUCAGCAAGUGACCCACUGUACCUGUGCUCGGACGGGCCGUCACUUGGCCACGUUUACCCGUCAGCCGGGGUCGAGCCUGUACACACUGACUACUGAGUCUCCUCCGGUCGUUGAGUCUGCUCAGGUAGCCGUGUCGGGUCAGGUGUUUGCUGCGGCGUCCAGGUCUGGUCCUGAGUCUGCCCCCUGCUCGUGUCGUCUCCUGUCUCACCAGACUCUCCUCUGGCACCACCGCCUUGGUCACCCCUCCUUGCCUCGUCUUCAAGGCAUGGCCUCCCGUGUCCUUGUCUCUGGUCUCCCCCGAUCCCUCCCUCCCCUUCCUCCGGGGCCUGCACCCACCUGCGUUCCCUGCGUCGAGGGGCGGCAGCGCGCUGCUCCUCACUCCUCCGAAUUUCCUCCGACAGAGGCUCCGCUGCAGGCGCUUCACAUGGACGUGUGGGGCCCAGCCCGCGUCCGUGGACAGGGUCACAAGCGUUACUUCUUGCUGGUGGUUGACGACUACUCGCGUUACACCACAGUCUUCCCCUUGCGCAGCAAGGGUGAGGUCACUAAGGUGUUGAUCGCCUGGAUCCGCGCAGCUCGCCAGAGAGAGUUUCGGCUCGGACUUUCCUGUUCUACGUCUGCACUCAGAGGCGGAGAGUUCUCCUCUGACCUUCUGCGAGCCUUCUGUCGUGCACGAGGCAUCCGCCAGACGUUCACGCUUCCGGACUCUCCGCAGCAAAAUGGGAUUGCUGAGCGCCGCAUUGGCAUGGUCAUGGACGUCGCUCGUACGUCCAUGGUCCAUGCGGCUGCCCCCCAUUUUCUGUGGCCGUUUGCGGUUCGGUACGCGGUGCAUCAGAUCAACCUUCAGCCCCGGGUCUCCAUGCCGGAGACCUCCCCUGCUUUGCUGUGGACGGGGAAGGUUGGCGAUGCGUCUGCAUUCCGCAUCUGGGGAUCUCGGGCGUUUGUUCGCGACUUGUCUGCGGACAAGCUGUCCCCUCGUGCUGUUCCCUGCGUCUUCCUUGGCUUCCCCCCUGACGCGUCGGGCUGGGAGUUCUAUCACCCCACCUCGCGCCGUGUUCUGUCCUCCCAGGACGUCACGUUUGACGAGUCGGUUCCCUACUACCGUCUCUUCCCCUACCGCACUGCGUCUCCCCCCCCCCCCCGCCGCUCUUCCUUACGCCAGGUCCCCCCUCCGGUAGACCCCCUCCCCCCUCAGGGUCCUGCCCCGUCAGGUGUGUCUCAGGUAGACGCAGUCGACCCUGUCGAGGUAGCUGUUGACUCUGGUGCUGCUAGGGGUGCUGAGCCUGCGGGUGCUGGGUCUGGGGGUGCUGACUCUGGAGGUGCUGAGCCUGGGGGGGAUGACUCUGGGGUGCUACGCUUAGGGGUGCUGAGCCUGGGGGUGCUACGCCUUGGGGUGCUGCGUUUGGGGGUGCUGAGCCUGGGGGUGUUGCGUCUGGGGGUGCGGAGUCUGAGGGUACUGGACCUGCUCGUGUGGCGUCUAGCGGUGCUGAGCCUGGAGGUUCUUCGGGUGCUUCAAUCCCGGCGGGAGCUACUCUCUCCACAAGAGCUGCGUGAGUGGUUUUGCCCGGCGCUGGAGGCGAGCUGCUGGAGCUGGGGUGCUGCGGGUGCUGGAGGUUCUGCUGCUGCUGAGGGUGCUGGUGCCGCGGGUCCCGGAGGUGCUCGUACUGGGAGUACUGGAGCUGCAGGGCCUGCGGGUGCUUCUUGUACUGGAGCUGGUGGUGCUGCGGGCGUCGGUGCUAUUGAGGGUGCUGGAGCUGGACCCGCUGCGUCUUCUGGUGGUCCAGCUGGAGCUGCAGCUGCUAGGGGUGUUGGCGCUGAAGGUGCCUCUGGUGCUGGUGCCUCUGAGGGUACUGGAGUUGGCGCUGCUGGAGCUGGGGGUGCUGCUGGCACUGGUGUUGUCGUUCGGGGUGCUGGUGCUGUCCCUUCUGCGUCGUGA